GUCCUUAGUGACUUGUAAACAUUAUGGCGGCGAUGAUUCGCUUAGCUGGAGAAAUUAAUACCUUAAUUGCUGGAGUUUAUGAUAAAAAAAAUGUAGCAGAGGUAGUCCGCCAGAAAGAGUAUGCAGCAGCUGUCAAAAUUCAGUCAUGGUUCAGGGGCUCAAGAGUGAGAUUCUACCUAAAACAUUUAAACCAUUCUGCCACAAUUAUCCAAAAAACAUGGAGGGGAUAUUUGGGCAGAAAAUUCUGCAGAAUUUUAGUAAAGAAUACAUUAUUUAUAAUUAAACUAAAUUACUACAAUGGAAUGGCUUGCAAGAUUCAGAGAACAUGGAGAGGCUACUAUGCUAGAAAAUAUGUAUUUAAUUACUUUUCAAGAAAGAGAUAUUUGGAAGCUUUACAAGUCAAAAAUGAACUCAUAAGGUCAGAAUUGGCAGAUUUUGCUGAACAGCAGCUGGCAGCAAGAAAACGAGAGGAGGAGAAAAGUGCCAAGCAGCGUAAAGCGUAUGAGGCCAGGAAACAACAUCAUCUUGUCAGCACUUACGUCAUACCUGGUGUAUAUAACUCACCAUUUUUACUGUAUCCCACAGAGAUGGAAUUCUUGCUGCGUAAUGCUCAGCCUCUAUCUCAUAAAAAGAAGAAAACAAACAAAUGUAAAUUUGAUCCAUCAUGCUCAAGUUAUUCUUCUCUUGUACCCAAAACUCUACCUCCUCUGAUCAAGAAACCAAAGGGUCCAUUCAGGGAGCCUGAAGAAGUACAGAAACAGAGGUACAAACCUUUCCAGCCCUCAUUACGAGUGGCCACUGAUUUUUACUCGCUCGAGAAAGCCAGGAAGAAAAUGAAAGAUGAAGAGUGGGUUACAAGAUUAAAUGACAAUAUUCUUCAACCCUUUACACACCGAUUUGUUCCAUAUGAGCCUCUGCUUCAUACGACAACAAAGUUUGGCCAUAUUGAUUACGGAACUAAAUUCUUUAGAGAAAGAUGUGUAGAGAAAUUUUUAAGCCCUCAAGAUUUUAAAUCUCAAGUACCACCUAUACCAGUUUUUGAUAAAUUCAAUGACACAUACUCAUGUGGACAAUAUUGAGUCUGGAAAAUGAAUAUUCACAGGAAAAUAAAAAAGUACGGAGUGGCAAUUGACAAUAAUUCUUUUGCAGCCUGAUAUGUUUAAAAAGUGUUGAAACUGUUUAAAUCAUAUUUGUUGAAAGAGUUCACUAUAACAUCCCAAUAGUCUUUGAUUUUUUCCAAAUUAAUCAACACUUUAAGUAUUUCAAAUGAACGAUGAAAAAAGCAAAUCUUCUGAUUUAAUGUUUUACAACAAGACAUUUGCAUUAUUAUAAGUUAAUUUAUUUUUAAAAAUCAUAUUCAACUUCCAGAAGAGCUUUAUAAUUCCAAUGCUUGUUAAAAUAUCUAACUCUAAGAAAGUAUAAAUGAACUAAACAUAUAUAUAUAUAUACAACAUCUCAUGAACUUUCAGUGACCAGUUACUUAAAUGUCUGCAUGUAUAACCUGGUUACUACUGUUUUUUUUAUUUAUGUCACAUUUAACUGCGCAUAAGAAAUUGUUAAGCUUAUUGAUAACCACAUAAUUAGUUGAAGAUAAUGUUUUAAGUUAAAAAAAAUGCCCUGUACUUUUCGUUAAAACAUUAGCUAAUUAAGGUAAUAACAUUCACACCUGUAAAUAUAAUGGUUAUUCCCUUCUUAAUGAUUAUAAAAACCAUUGAGGUAUAAUGAACUACAGUUGUCCUGUAAUAUUUAUAAAAUUAAACCUGUUUAAGUAUAUACAUUUACCAUUUUUUAAUAUGAAUUUUGAUAUGAUUUGUUUUUUAAUAAAUUAUUUGUUGUACAAAACUUUAUGACAUCAAGUACAUUAUAAUGUGUAUAUAUAUUUAUUUGGGGGAAAAAAGAAAACAGAUCAUGUACUUGGUAUUUAGAAAAACCUUUCUAUUACACUAUGAAUAAAGCAAUUUAAGAUGUUUUUCCAUCA